UAAAGUUUAAAAAAAUAUUUUUUUGAAUUUUUUCUAAAAUGUUGGCGUUGAUUUUGUGUGCUGUGUCGUGUUUCUUGUAUGCGUGGUAUCAAUGGGAAUCUAAUUAUCGUCGGUUGAAGAGUUAUAAACUACCCCCUAUGUACCCUGGAGUAUUACCCAUCAUCGGCCACGCCCAUUUACUUAUUGGAAAUACAACCCGACUAUGGACUAUGGUGCAGAAGUUAGCUAAACAAGCAUUGGAUAAUGGAGGAGUCAUAUCUGGCUUCAUUGGAAAAGAUCUCUACUACAUAAUUGCUGACCCAGAAGACAGCGUGACAGCAGCAAAUGCGUGUUUGCACAAACACUUCGCCUACGACUUCGGAAAACCAUGGAUGGGAGAAGGACUGGUCUUGGCAUCAGGACCCACAUGGAAAAGACAUCGCAAGCUCCUGAACCCAGCAUUCAGUCUUCAAGUCCUGCACAGUUUCCUAGGAGUGUUCAACAUCCAAGCCAGACGCCAAGUCAACCACUUCGAAGCAGAAGUCGGCCGAGGGAAAUUCGACCAUCUUGCUUCAUUGAAACACAUUGCUUUAGAGACAGUAUGCUUAACCGCCUUCGGAAUAACAGCUGACGAAGACAAGGACUUCAACAAGCUCUACAUGGCAGCCGUCGACCAGAUCCUGAACAUCAUCGCAAUGAGGUUCUCCAACUUUUGGCUGCAAAGUGACCUGAUCUAUAAUUUCACAGAGCUUAGGAAGAAACAGGAUGAAGUGGUCAAGGUGCUCAAUGCUAUGUCUACUGCUGUCAUUAAAAGGAAAAAAGAACAAAUGAAGAGCCUGCCCAGAGAAGAAUGGGAAGCACAACGCCAACGCACAGGUAUCAAAUGCAAAGCCCUGAUGGACCUUCUACUAGAAUUGGCAGAAGAAAAUACUCUAACUGAUAAGGAGAUCAGAGAAGAGGUGGACACCGCUAUCGUAGCUUCCUAUGACACUACUUCUUGCUUGCUGGCUUACAUCAUGAUGAUGUUAGGAACAUACCCUGAGGCACAAGAGAAAAUGUACAAAGAGUUAGAAGAAAUUUUCGAAGGUACGGACCGUGACGUUACAAAAGAUGACCUGCCUAGAAUGGUGUACACUGAUGCCGUCAUCAAAGAAACUUUAAGACUGAUCCCUACUGGUCCUGUUGGAUUACGAUAUGUUGACAAGGAUGUUCAACUGAAGAACUUCACGAUGCGCGCUGGCAGUCAAUGUGCGUUGCUGAUCUACGGGAUCCACUACCAUGAGAGCUGGGGUCCAGACGUAAGGGAGUUCAAGCCUGAGCGCUGGUUGGACCCUAACAACGCCCCCAACCCUAACAUGUUCGCUGGAUUUAGUAUUGGAAAGAGAGCCUGCAUGGGAAGGACUUUCGCUACAUUAUCGAUGAAGACCACACUGUCACACGUACUCCGGCGGUUCAAGAUCAAAGCUGACAUCAACGACCUGAAGUUGAAGAUAGACUUCUUGCUAAAACCAGUCUCCGGAUCCCUCGUCAGCUUAGAAAGGAGGAAUUAGAUUAAAAAAAUAAAUCGAUCGAUG